AUGCUUGCUAGAUUUACAAAAGCCUUGGAAACUUCCCUUGGUUCUACAUCAACUCUCCCUAAAACAGUUUGCAUUGCUGUAUCUGGAGGGGUCGAUUCGAUGGCUCUUACCAGCCUAGCAACCCGCUGCUUGGCUCCACUCGGAACUACAGUCAUUGGAUUAACAGUAGACCAUGGGCUACGACCAGAAAGUGCGGAAGAGGCACAAGCUGUGGGAUCUCUAGUAAGAGAACUUGGUGCACAACAUGAAAUUUUGAAAAUUAACUGGAACGACAAUGGGACCAGCGAUGACAAUAAUUCAGGAGCCAAACCUAAUGAGGCACAUCUUGCACGGUUUGAACUUGAGGCACGUACUCGGCGGUUGCGGCUACUACGGAAAGCAUGCCAACGGGCAGGUGCCAGACACUUGUUGCUUGCACAUACCCAGGAUGACCAGCUGGAAACUAUGCUACUACGGCUCACUACAGGUAGCUCGCUACGGGGGCUCGCGGCAAUGGCAGCGAGAGCACCAUACUGGGAGAUUUCUCCUCCAGGAACUGGGGCUGAUGUGCUUUUGGUGCGGCCGCUGCUGGGGUUCAGCAAAAAUGAGUUGUACGGUAUGUGCAAAAGCCACGGGGUUCAAUGGUUUGAAGACCCGACCAAUGCUGACCCAGGACUUACACUACGCAAUGCGAUUCGUUCCAUGUUGGCCGAUCAGACUCAACUGCCUCGGGCUUUGCGACGGGACAAUUUGCUAGAAUGUCUUGGUGAAUUUCAGGAGCGCCGAGCUGCAGCAGAUGCCGAAGCUGCGCGGAUCUAUGGUGAGGUUCCGCACGUGGAGUGCGAGAAGUACGAGACCCGUAAAGACGGGGUUGAAGCGUGGAUCCAAGAGUGGGGUGAGCAAAACAAAAAAAGUUUAGGGGACCCGGUAGAACCGUUGGGAUCAUAUUUGGAUGUUGUUCGGGGGACGGUAUAUUUUGGUGAAUGGGACGGGUUGAUGGAUGCACGCGUGUCAGCUGCGGCCGGUGUUGUGGGGAGGCUUGUUGCGCGGGUUUUGCCUGGAGAGGAGCGGGCUCAGAACGGGUACGCGUAUGUGCGGCUGUAUCGCGCGGCCAUGCGGAUGCAGGAGACGAAAAAGAAGAGGAGGAAGUUGACAGAAAAGGGAGGGAAUUUGCAGGAGAAGGCGGUGGGGAAACCAAAGUGGAUAUCCAAAGGUAGUUGUGAGGCUUAUCCAUUGGGGGGUUUAGGGAUUGACAACGAGCGAAAUAAUAAUAAUAACAACAAUAUUAAGAGAUACAAAGACGAAGAAGAGAAGAAGAAGAAGGAUGAUAUUAACAUAUUGCAAAGGAUACAGAAAAAGGCACGUCGGAAGAAGAGUGUUUUUGCAGAAAAGAACGAGCGAUUUACUCUGGGAGGAUUGGAAUGGACACGAUGGGGUGUUUAUACUGGAGGAGGAUUGAAGAACCAACGAGAGAAUUGCGAGGGAUGUUUUAAAACUGUCUUUGUGUGGGAAAUAAGACGACAGGCUGAGCGAGGCAGUGAUAGCAGUCAAGGGGAGACAAGGGAUCAAUGGCAACAACAACAACGACAACGACAACAGCAGCAAUUGAAAGUAUUGAGAAGAGCUACUAAAGAGGAAGAAGAAGAAGAAAAGGGCUGGGUUUUAUUUGACAAGCGAUAUUGGGUGCGAUUAAGACCUGAGAGACAAGAUGACCAGGAACAAUUGAAAGUAGGAGAACCUAAACCAGUAGUGAGUGUGGGGUACCCUGUGGGGAUAGAUGCACGGGAUAUGAGCAGGUGGCGAGAGUUUUCAAGUGAGCCAGCUGAAGUUUUGCGCGUGCAGCCAUGUGUUUACAUUGACGGGAAGCUUGUCGGGUUCCCUAUGUUGCACCCAGAUCCGGGUCAUUUUGGGGUUGAUGUUGUGUUGAAGAAGAGGGAGGAGGGAGAAGAAGAAGAUAUGGUAGAGGUUUAUGAUAGAGCGGAGUGA